GCACCCGAGCGGCCAGCUCCAGCCCCACCAGAGAAAUACGGCGUAAACGCCGCCGGGGACCAACCCAGGCGACCGGGGUGCCUAGCUCGCCGUUUCUUUUCGCCUUCUCCUCGCAAUUUCUUAGGAUCAACGCCCUACUACACGACGGGGGUUUUCCCCUUCGGCCGCCACUCCGUCCUUUCGCAGCCUGCCGCCGGCGCCAUGCUGUACAUCGUGGGCCUCGGCCUGGGCGACGAGCGCGACAUCACUGUGCGGGGGCUCGAUGCCGUACGCAGCUGCUCCAAGAUAUACAUGGAGGCAUACACAUCCCUCCUUUCCCUCGGCCUCGACCCGGCCGCGCUCGCCAACCUGGAGAAGCUGUACGGGAAGGAGAUAACGGUCGCCGAUCGGGAGAUGGUGGAGGAGCGUGUCGACCAGGUGCUAAGCGAGGCUGCCGACACUGACGUCGCCUUCCUUGUUGUUGGCGACCCGUUCGGGGCAACUACACAUACUGAUCUGGUUGUUCGUGCCAAGAAAAUGGGAGUAGAAGUGAAGGUGAUCCACAAUGCAUCUGUCAUGAAUGCAAUUGGAGUUUGUGGGCUACAACUUUACCGCUAUGGAGAAACUAUCUCAAUACCAUUCUUCACAGACGAAUGGAGACCAGAUAGUUUCUAUGAGAAGAUUCAGAACAAUCGCCAGCUUGGGCUACACACACUUUGCCUGCUUGAUAUCCGUGUCAAGGAGCCAACAUGGGAAUCUUUAGCCAGAGGAAAGAAAGUCUAUGAACCACCAAGAUUCAUGACUGUAAACACUGCAAUAAGUCAGCUUUUUGAGGUGGAGGAAGCACGUGGGGGAUAUGCAUAUCGCAGGGAAACAUUGUGCAUAGGAGUGGCACGACUUGGAAGUGAUGAUCAGAAGAUUGUUGCUGGGCCUAUGGAGAAGCUACUAGAUGUUGAUUUUGGGCCACCCCUUCACUGCCUGAUCAUAGUGGGAGAGACUCAUCCUUUGGAAGAAGAGAUGCUAGAGUUUUACAUGAUCAAGUAGUGAUAUACACACCCUACACAUGUGAGUUUUCACUUGUAUUGACUAAGGGAAUGCUUAGACUUCUGUCCUUGUCAAUAUUGGAUUGUUGAAUACUUAGCCAUUUGGAUGUAGAACCCCAGGAAAUGGUGCAGUAUGUGAUUUGGAGUGCUGGCAGCUUGUAAAACAAAUCUGUGCUAGCAGUCUACCAUUAGUUUACAUCUCCGAAUCUUGUUUGAAACUUGCAUGUGAACGCAGGCCUCUGUCUCAAAAUAUAAUUUGUUUUAGAUU